GAAGUGUCUCGGCGAUUGGGAGGACAGUAUUUUCAUGCUCACCGUGACUGAAAUUCGUGCUAGAGCUCUUGCAGUAGCCACAGAAUUGCAGAACUAGAUGCAACACUCGUCACGCGUCGACUCCGUUGGUACCUGACUUCAGUUCUCCAUAGAGGAUAUCAUGCCGUCAACCGACAAUCGAAGGAUGGAAAGCUUCGGCGAAAGUUCGUCGAAUCAACAGGGACCUGCACGUGGCGAGAGAAGGAGUCGGGGCUCAAGACAGAAGGCUGUGGAUAACUUGAGCAAGAAGUUUCUGAGGAACUUUGAUCCAGAGCAUAGCGAGCGAGAGAAACGCAAAUUGUAUCGUCGAUUGUAUCAGAGCUAUAGGAAGCAUCUGUACAAUGACGUAGGCAUUUUUAUACGAACAUCGGAUGAUCUCUGCGAUUGCUUGAGCCUAGAUUGUCCUGGAUGCCACAUUCCUUGUCCUAAGUGCUCGUCUCCAAAAUGCGCCCAUGAUUGCAGGAAUAAUCGCAAAUGGACUUAUGACAGUGUUCAGUGCGAAGGGAUGGAUCUAAUAAAAAAAAAUCCACUGCUGAAAGAUGCUGAAACAAAGUAAAAACACAAAACAUGCAAAUGUAUAUCUAAUGAGUCUUUUAGUGCGUCGUGACGUACGAAUUAUUUGAGCGAACAAUUAUCCUGUACGGAGUGCAAAAUGUACUUUCGCCAGAUGCAAUUUCUAAGGUUGAAAUUGUGCGCAGAGCCUAAUGAUCUUGGCGCCAUAGCAAAUCAAGUUCGCCGAAAUUUACGACGUUCUCCGUAGUGUUGGGGAAAAUAGUUAAUUGAAAGAGAAAAUAGAAAUAUUUCUAAAAAGUAUAUCUAUAAAAAAAUACUUGAAAUAAAUAUUUUAUGUGAUAUAU